GACCUUGCGGCUAGUGUGCUCUGGCUGAAUCUGGCAGUUGAAUUUGUGCUUGCGUGCAUAGACGCGUGUUUCGUGGCAGUGAAGAACGCUCUGAGAAUAUUUGUGGAGGCGUGAUAUUUGCAAAAAUAUUUGUUUUACGUGGCCCCUCAAAACGAACCUCAAGACGAUGUCCGUUCACAGUGCGAUAUCAACCGCUGAAGAGCUUCAGGAUGCGAUUACCCAAGCGAAGGACAAGUUGCUCGCCCUGUAUUUCCAUGCGAGCUGGUCGCCUCAGUGUAAGCAGGUGGAGGAUUUAUUGCCCGAUCUUGCGAAAGAUCCAGAUCUGGCGCUGACGAGUUUCUGCAAGGUCGAAGCUGAGCAAGCCAAGGAUGUAAGCCUGAAGUAUAAGGUCACCUCAGUGCCGACAUUCGUCAUCCUUCUGAAUGGAAAGGAUGUUGGCAGAGUAGAAGGCGUGAACAUGAUGGAACUGGUGGGUAAGCUGAAGGCACUGAGAAUUCGUGUGGAAAUGCCGCCAAUUACUGCUAGUGAGGACGACCGGAAGCUAAUGCAGAGGCUGCAGGCCAUUACAGCCCAAGCUCCUUAUGUGCUUUUCAUGGAAGGAAGCAAAAGUUCACCUGCUAAAGGUGACAGCUCAGAGGCAGUGACUUUGCUACAAGAAGCUGGCCUUGAGUUUCAGCAUUUUGACGUGGCCACAGAUUCGGUACUUCGACAGCAGCUCCUUGAGCAUUUGGCAAAGAAGGGAGCUUCCAAUUACCCACUAUUGUUUCUCAAUGGAGAUUUCAUUGGUGGCAUUGAUAAAAUAAAAAAGCUGGAUGAACAAGGACAACUGGCUCGCUUGGGUGAACCUAAAUGUGUAGACCUGACACAGAGAUUGCAGCAGCUCAUUGUUAAGGCACCAAUCAUGGUCUUCAUGAAAGGCUCACCUGACGCUCCUCGGUGCGGCUUCAGCCGAACUUUGAUGGAGAUCUUCAAGAAGCACAAAGUCACUUUUGGCAGCUUUGACAUUCUGACAGAUGAAGAGGUACGACAGUCUCUCAAGCAGUACUCUAACUGGCCAACAUACCCACAGGUGUACGUAAAAGGAACACUUAUCGGUGGCCUCGAUAUUAUCAAGGAACUGGAAGAGAGCGGUGAGCUUGAAGCUGCUUUAAAUCUGUGACUUCCUACUGUGUCUUGGUCUUUCACAUGAAUAAAUUCCAUUUGUGUUACCUUGCCA